CACACAAACCUUUACUCGUGUUGUUUAGUUAUGGAUUCAACGACCACUCAAGGAGCCUCUUUCUCUCAUGUUACUCACUCAUGGACAUAUGAUGUCUUUCUGAGUUUUCGGGGUGAGGAUACACGCAACAAUUUUACCGGCCAUUUGCACAGAAAUUUGAUUCAAAGGGGUAUCAAAACCUUCAUAGAUUAUGAGCUUAGAAGAGGAGAAGAAGUAUCACCAGCACUUCUCAAAGCUAUUGAAGAGUCAAGGAUUUCUAUCAUUGUUUUCUCUGAAAACUACGCAACUUCAACGUGGUGCUUGGAUGAACUCGUUAAGAUUCUCGAGUGUAAAGAAUUGAAGCAACAAAUGGUUUGGCCAAUUUUUUAUAAGGUGGAUCCAUCAGAUGUACGAAACCAGAGAGGUAGUUUUGGAAAGGCACUUGCCAAACAUGAACGCAAGUUCAAAGAUAACAAGGAGAAGGUAAAGAUAUGGAGGGCAGCACUUACCAAAGCAGCAAAUUUGUCUGGGUGGUCGCUCUUGGACGGCCAUGAAUCUAAUUUUAUAGUUGCCAUUGUUGAAGAAAUUUCUGUACAAGUAUCAACCCAGAACAUCUUGAAUGUGGCAAAGUACCCCGUGGGAAUAGAGUCUCGUCUGCAAGAUAUUCAUAAGCUUUUAGGUGUUGGGGCAAAUGAUGUUCGCAUGGUUGGGGUAUGGGGGAUCGGUGGAAUAGGUAAGACAACAAUUGCUAAAGCUGUUUUCAAUUCAAUUUCCUCUAAGUUUGAAGCCAGCUGUUUUUUAGCAAAUGUUAAAGACUAUCCAAUGCCAUAUGGAGGCCUCGUCCAACUACAAAAGAUUCUUCUUCUUGAGAUUCUAGGAGAAAAAGAAUUGAAUUUGAACAGUGUUGAUAGAGGAGUAAAUGUGAUAAAGGAAAGGUUGAAACAUAAAAGAGUUCUCUUAAUUCUUGAUGAUGUGAAUCAUUUGGACCAGUUGAACAAACUUGCAGGAGGGCUUGAUUGGUUUGGUUUCGGCAGCCGAAUUAUCAUAACGACAAGAGAUAAACAUUUGCUAACUGCUCAUCAAGUUAAUUUUAUAUACAAGGUCAAGGAAUUAGAUAGUUCUGAAGCUCUUAAGCUCUUCAUCAGUUGGAAUGGCUUCACAAGAAAUAGCAAUUCGGAGGAUGAUUAUAUGAAACUCACAAAAACUGUAGUAGACUACGCCCAAGGCCUUCCGUUAGCUCUUAUGGUUUUAGGUUCACAUCUUUGUGGUCGAAGUUUAAAUCAAUGGAAAACUAUGUUAGAAAGUCAACCAAGAUUUCCUAUUGAAGAGAUUCAUGAAGUUCUGAAAAUAAGCUACAAUGCACUAGAAUAUCCGGUGAAAGAAGUUUUCCUUGACAUUGCAUGUUUCUUUAAAGGUAAAGGUAAGAACUAUGUGAUAAACAUGCUAGAAGGGUGUGAUCUCAACCCUAUCUAUGGUAUUGAAGUACUCAUAGAAAAGGCUCUCCUAUAUGUUGAUCAUGUAAAUAGAAUUUGCAUGCAUGACUUGGUCGAAGAAAUGGGUAGAGAAAUAGUUCGUCACGAAUCGCCAAAUGAGCCUGGAAAGCGUAGCAGAUUGUGGUUUCACAAAGAUGUUUACCGUGUUCUAACUGAAAAUACAGGAACAGACACUAUUCAAAAAAUUAUGGUAAACUUGCCGGAACCAUAUGAGAUACGCCUGAGUGCUAAAAGCUUCACAAAGAUGAAAAAUCUUCAACUUUUCAUAAACUGUAACGCACACUUCUCUGGAGAAGUUGGUUAUCUAUCCAAUGAUUUGAGAUUCCUUGAUUGGCCUGAAUGUCCAUUAAAAGCUUUGCCUUCCAGCUUUAAUCCAAAGAAACUUGUUGAGCUCAAACUGCGUGACAGUCGUAUCGAACAACUGGGGAAUGGAUUCAAGGGUCUGGCAACGUUAAAACAUAUAAGUUUUCAAAGUUGCGAGUUCCUAACAAAAAUCCCCGACUUCUCUGGACUCUCAAGCUUAGUGGAGUUGGAUCUAAACUUCUGUACAAGUUUAGUUGAGGUGCAUUCAUCUGUUGGAUUCCUUGAUAAGCUUGCCAUAUUGAGACUUGUUGAUUGUUUUAAUCUCACUAGGUUUCCAAGAGGAGUCAAGUUGAAAUCUCUGACACUUAUUAUUCUUAAUGAUUGCAAAAAGCUCGAGUAUUUCCCCGAAAUUUUGGCAAAGAUGGAAUGCACAACAAGAAUGAAUCUAUCCGGCACUGCCAUCAAAGAGUUGCCUUCAUCAAUUAGAUAUCUCGUUAAUCUUCAAGACUUAGAGUUAUAUCAUUGUGAAAACCUUAGCCAUCUACCGAGCAGCAUUUAUGAGUUGCAACAUCUGCAGCGAUUUUAUUUAAUGGAUUGUCCAAAACUUGUUACAUUUCCAAAUAAGAUGAAGCCUGAAAAUGAGUGUGAAGGCAAUUUAGCUCUUCCAGAGCUACGUUUACUCGAUAUGGGAGGAUGUAAUUUAUCAGAAAGUGCUUUUCUUGGUAAUCUUGAUUGUCUACCGACCUUAGAAAUCCUAGACCUUUCAGGAGGCAAUUUUGUUAGUCUUCCCGAAUGCAUUAGCAAAUUUUUCAACUUGUCGCGACUUAACCUAUAUGAUUGCAAGAGGCUUCGAGAAAUUCCAGAACUUCCACAAAAGUUAAGGCAUGUAGGGUUAGGUGGUUGCAUAUCGUUGGAGGGUGAUUUUCUUCGUACUCCUGGUUGUCUUUCCACAUUGGAAAGUAUAGACCUUUCAGGAGGCAACUUUGUUAGUCUUCCCGAAUCCAUUUGCAAAUUUGUCAAGUUGAAGCAUCUUUCCCUGGCUGGUUGUAAGAGGCUUGAAGAAAUUCCAGAACUUCCACCAAAAGUGAAACAUGUACGGGCCAGUGGUUGCAUAUCACUGGAAAGAUUUUCAAAACUGUGGAACAUUUUGGAACGUAAAGAAUCGAAAAUGAUUAAGAGCCUCAACUUAUCAAAUUGCCGGAGACUCUGUGACAAUCUGGCUUAUAUGGUAGAGAAUAAAUACACUUCAGUGAAUGAUCACGCGGCUCUGUUCUCUCUCUGUCUCUCUUCUCAGCAAUCUAAAUUUGGAGUUAUAUUUCCAGGAAGUGAAGUUCCGAGAGAUAGAGGCAGCUCAUGCGUGGCUCUACUAUAUUCCAGACCUUUCAAGGAUAGAGACGUGGGGACAUUGGAUGGAUGA